AUGGAGGAGCGUGGCGGUGCCCAGCCGGCCGCGGGCUACAGCUGCCUGGGCCCGGGUGCUGGACGCGGCAGCGGCAACUUGUGGGCGCCGGAGGACGCCUGGAUGUGCAGCCACCCUAAGUAUUUAGAGAUGAUGGAAUUAGACAUAGGAGAGGGUACAGCCCAUGUUUACAUAACAUUCUUGGUUUACCUGGAUCUCAUGGAGAGUAAGAGUUGGCAUGAAGUCAACUGUGUGGGCUUACCAGCACUCCAACUCAUCUGCCUCGUUGGCACUGAGAUAGAAGGAGAAGGGUCACAGACUAUAGUGCCUACACCCAUCAGUGCCUCCCUCAGCCACAAGAGGAUAAGGGAGCUCAUAACGGCAUCUCGAAAAUUGCAAAGUGACCCGGAUUUGCCGAUGUCGUUUACUUUGGCCAUAGUGGAGUCUGAUUCCACAAUAGUCUACUCCAAGCUCACUGAUGGCUUUAUGCUGCCAGACCCAAAGAAUAUUUCACUUAGAAGAUGA